GAAGACAAUUCGGCCGCCAUGGAUUCCAAGCAAUUCCGAGAAGCGGCCAUAUCCUCCAUCGAUCAAAUUGUUAAAUAUUACGACACAAUCGAAGGUCGACGUGUCGCUUCCAAUGUUGAACCCGGUUACCUAAGAAAACUCAUACCGGAAGAGGCCCCUCAGUUCGGGGAGGCCUGGGCUGAUAUCCAGAAAGAUAUCGAAGCCAAGAUUAUUCCCGGCAUAACGCAUUGGCAGUCGCCCAAUUUCCUAGCAUGGUUUCCCUCAUCCAGCAGCUUUCCGGCUAUGCUCGGAGAGAUGUACUCAACCGCCUUCACCGGCGCCGCAUUCAACUGGAUAUGCUCACCAGCCGUCACGGAACUAGAAACCAUUGUGAUGGACUGGCUAGCCAAAGCCUUCACUCUACCUGACUGCUAUCUUUCAACAGGCCCCACCAAUGGCGGGGGUGUUAUCCACGGCACUGCUUCCGAGGCUAUUGCCACCGUCUUAGUCGCGGCUCGCGAUAAGUACCUACGUGAAGCAACAGCAGAUAUCACCGACGAGGAAGAGCGUGAAGACGCAAUCGCCCUGCGCCGCAGCAAAUUAGUAGCGAUUGGCAGUGCAGGAACGCACAGCGCAACCAAAAAAGCUGCGCAGAUCGCUGGUGUACGGUAUCGCGCCGUGCCUGUGCAUGCAGCCGACGGGUACCGGAUGACGGGUCCGGAACUUCGCCGUCUGAUCGUAGCUCUACGUGCUAAGGGUCUGGAGCCGUUUUACUUAACAGCGACGCUAGGCACCACAGACACAUGCGCAAUCGACGACUUCGAGGGCAUCGCAGCAGUUCUCGAUGAGCUAGCGCCACUUGAUAAGCCCGGCGAGAUCUGGGUACAUGUGGAUGCUGCAUACGCUGGUGCCGCGCUGAUAUGCCCGGAAUAUCAGUACCUCACUAAGACUUUCGAACGUUUCCACAGUUUUAAUAUGAAUAUGCAUAAGUGGCUCCUCGUCAACUUCGACUGCAGCACCGUCUGGGUUCGGAACCGGCGUUACUUAACCGACGCUUUGAGCGUCUCGUUACCCAUCCUGCAGAACCAACAUACUGACUCCGGACUCGUGACUGAUUACCGCGACUGGCAAAUCCCGUUCGGCCGGCGAUUCCGCUCCUUGAAAGUCUGGUUUGUAUUGCGCUCGUAUGGAAUUAGGGGCUUGCGCACGCAUAUCCGAAAGCAUAUCAAGCUCGCCGAGAGAUUCGCCAAGAUGUUGCGGAGUAGACCGGAUCUGUUUGAGAUCGUCACUGGUCCCCGGUUUGCUCUAACCGCGUUUAAGUUGGUAAAGCCAGGUACGACGCUUGAGCAGCAGAAUGCACUCACAAAGAAAAUGUACGAUAGUGUGGUAGAGGAAGGCAAGAUUUUCUUGUCGAGUACUGUUGUCGGCGAUGUAUUCGCUAUUCGGCAUAACCCGGCGUCGGUAAAUGUGGAGGAACAUCAUGUUAGGAAGCAUUGCGAGAUAUUGGUAGAAGCGGCUGAGAAGACACUUAGGUAAAAUGUACCGGGUUAGAUUGGGAUAGAAAUACAUGAGCUAUGAUGUAGACGAAAUUACAAUAAAAAGGUCGAUCAUGAAGCA